CGACGCUCAGUCAGUGGAAGUGUCUAGUGUGAGAAAGGAACCCGAAACAGACAUGAGACUCCUGGCACUCACCCCCCUGCUGCUGCUGGCCUCCGCUCUAGCAGACAAUGACUCCUGGUCCUGGGGCAAGCAGAGGUCCGAGCCUGGAGACCAACUGACUUCCGCCCCCUCCGCCUCUGGCUCCACUUCCGUCACAGUCAUAGAGGACAUUCUAGAGUCUGGCCGAGCGGGCAAGUCCCUGGAGGGGUUCGGCCAGAUCUACGAGGACCCUGAUGUCCAGCAAGCAAUCACAGCUGGCAACGAGACACAGGCCAGACACUACAUCAAGGAGCGACUGUGCGGUCUUGGGCUGAUGGCGUGUGAGUUGGAUGCUGAAGGCAAAUACCUUGCACCUCAAGACCUCAUCUACGCCCAGCCAGUCCACAUCAAACCUGUGGGUCGACCCAUCCCUGCCGUGCCAGUAGGGGGCGCUUCUGUAGGGGGCUACGGUCCCCCACGACCAGUGCCUCUUCCCCCUCGACCAGGUUACGGCCCCCCGCCUCCUCCACUGAGACCUUACCUCAAGAAGCCUAUCUAUGAGCCAGAGGAGAAACCUGUGGUCGUGGUGGGAGGCACAGGUGGUGGAGUACAGACUCAUGUACACCAUCACUACCAUCAUGGAGACAAGGUUGGUCUUACCGGUGUGAUUGACACAACUCUCGACACAGCUCCCUACGGAAGCUAUGGAACUCCUUCCAUCUCCGGACCUCCUCCUCCCGGACCUCUCUAUGGCAACUCCAUCUCUCCCACUGGAGCAGGGGGACUCUACCCUAGUGGAUCUUCCUACGGCAAACCUGACUUCUACAAGAAGCAGCUCAACCUCAAAGGCUCUUACUCUUCUGGAAACGGAUUGACUGGAUCCAGUUCUAGCUACUCGCCUCCUUCCAGCUUCAACCCCAGCAGCAGUUACAAUCCCUCUCAGACCUUCAACACAGCAAGUUCCCUCUAUAGUUCUGGAAGCUCUAACUACAACCCGGGAAGUUCCAACUUCAACUCUGGAAGUUCCAACUUCAACUCUGGAAGUUCCAACUACCCUGGAAGUUCCAACUACAAUCCUGGCAACAGCUACGUCGCUUCUACCAACAAUUACAACCGUUACCCGAACUACGAGAGUCCACGAGUGGACAGUGAUUGUUUCUGCGUCCCGUUCGAUCAGUGCUUGCCUCACGAAAUUGCUCGGAAGGAGGACGGAUACUUCAUCGACCCAAGGACCAACGGUGGUUCUACCAUCGAGGCUUUGGGACCAAACGAUGUUGUGAUCACAGACGGAAAUGGAACCAUGACUGUUGUGACAAAACCUAAGAGAGAGGAUACGGAGAGCAAGAAGGAAACUGAAGAAAAGAAAGAAGAGGAGAAGAAGGAGGAGAAGAAAGAAAGAAGAAGGAGAGAGGCUUCUGAUGACGCUGUGGCAGAAGCAACAGAAACUGAAGAGAGGAAGCACAAACCUCGCAAGUUCGGUCUCGGCGGAGGCGGAGGUGGAGAUGAUGAUUCAGAUUCCGAUGGCUCCGGCCUCAAACUCCGUCCAACUUUCGGUGUUUCCUUUGGUCUUCCCUCUGGAGGAGGAGGAGGUUAUCCUAUUAACCCAUAUGGUCCUAACCCCGCCAUCAACCCUUACUACGGCUCCGUGGGAGGGAACGGUCUAGAUUUAGGACUAGUCAGUGUUAAUCCCCUGCUUUCAGUUCAAGUCACUAAAGAUGAAUACGGUGAAAAGGUCGUUAAACCGUUGGUCAACCUUCACGUAACUCCUAAUCAUGGACUUAUCCAUAAAGUAGGUCAUAUCAUUCAUAAGUUCAAGGAGCCUCACUAUGGAGGUUACCCUGGUGGUUAUCCACCUUAUCUUCAUCAGCAUCAUCACCAACACUACCACUCACCCCCACCCCCUCCAAUCUACCACCACAAGCCCAGCUACUACCCUUACAAGCCUUCGUACGGUCCCCCUCCCAGGCCUUAUUACGAACCUUAUGCCCCAAGCUUCAACAGCUUCAGAACCGAUAACGGACCUUUUGGUUAUGACAAUGACUACAAAGCUUCGUCAUCUUACGAUCCUUCCUAUGUUGAGUCUGACUUCAAACCCUCCCUUCACGGACCUUCUCACUACGACAACAGUUACGCACCCAGUUAUGACGGCCCUGGUUACGAUGGCCCCGGUUAUGAUGGACCCAAUGACUUUCAAGAUGAUUAUUACCGCAGUUCCAACGUUUCUUCCCACGUAAACUUGGGAGCCUCUUCCUCCAAAGAGUCCAAAUCCAACCUAGUCCAGUUCCCCAGCGACCGCAGAGCCGGUGAUAGACAAAAACGUGAAACUUCACAAAACGAAAGUGAGAAGGUACAGCCAGAAAAGCGUCAAGCCUACUACCCUGGUGGUGGAGCUGGUAGGUGUGGCCCCCGCCAAGUAUGUUGUCGGCGCCCCCUUCCCCCCGCCCAGCAGGUCUAUCGCCCUCACAGUCCUCAGUGUGGAGUUAGAAACACCCAGGGUGUCCAUGGUAGGAUCAAGAACCCUGUCUACGUCGAUGGUGACAGCGAGUUUGGAGAAUACCCUUGGCAGGUGGCUAUCCUCAAGAAGGACCCUCAAGAGAGUGUGUAUGUGUGUGGAGGAACCCUCAUCGACCACCAGCACGUCUUAACAGCAGCUCACUGUGUCAAAUCUUACACCAACUUUGACCUCCGUGUGCGGCUGGGAGAGUGGGAUGUGAACCAUGAUGUAGAGUUCUACCCCUACGUAGAGCGAGAUGUCUCGGCUCUCCACGUUCACCCUGAGUUCUACGCGGGGACGUUGUUCAAUGACAUCGCUCUGCUGCGCCUGGACCACCCCGUGGACUUCCAGCAGUCGCCUCACAUCAGUCCGGCCUGUCUGCCUGAGCCUCACUCUGAAUACGCUGGACAUCGCUGCUGGACCACGGGCUGGGGCAAGGACGCCUUCGGUGACUACGGAAAAUACCAGAACAUCCUCAAGGAGGUGGAUGUGCCUGUAGUAUCACAUCAUCAGUGCCAAGCCCAACUACAGCAGACUAGGCUAGGGUAUGACUUCAAGCUGCACCCAGGCUUCAUAUGUGCUGGCGGAGAGGAGGGCAAAGACGCAUGCAAGGGUGACGGUGGUGGUCCGAUGGUAUGUGAGCGAGGAGGUACUUGGCAGCUGGUGGGAGUGGUCAGUUGGGGUAUAGGCUGUGGACAAUACGGAGUGCCAGGAGUCUACGUCAAGGUCGCGCACUACCUCGACUGGAUACGUCAACUGACUGGACGUUUCUGAGGGUCUGCUCAACCACAGCAUAGACAUGCUAGGACACUCCGAAGGGUGUGAAAGAAACAUAUGUGAGGAUUGUUGGACAUUUUUAGAAGCUAAAUAAGCUAUUGCAGGUAGAGAGGUUAUUUUUUAUAUGCUCCUUUAUACACACUGUCAAAGGUUUAUUAAGUGAAAACAAAAGUAUAUUGAUUUUAAAAAUUGAGUAAAUAUCAACAUUACCUAGAAUAACAAACCAUUAGAAUCUAAUGUAAAUAGUUUGGAGGCCCUUAAAGUGCAGUUUAUAAAUUUACUUAGGAUGUCUUUCUUAAAAGUACAGCCAAAGCUAUGUAAGAUAAAACGAUGAUUGAAAUGAUUGAUGAAACUAAAAAGUACUAAAACCUCUCUCCUGGCUUUGUUUUUAUUGCUAACCUUCCCAAAAGGAUUGUAUUAUAAAACUUCUCCCUAAAUUCUUCUACCAGGUUGUGCCUGUUUUGUAAAAUAGCAUUAAUAUAGGCUAAAAAUACAAACUUUGGGUUUCUUGGCAACGCCAUUCGUUUGAAGCUUGUCAAAACAAUGUGAUACGUGAAUGCCCUUUUCAAGAAACCUAGAGAGAAAGUAAUGCAUAUUUCAUGCUGUAUCGGUACUCGUUAGCUUUAGACCAGAAUUUUAUUUUUUGUAUUAUAUUUAUGAGUAAUAUUCUAAUAGAUGUUUUCUAUGUGGACUAUUAUUAAUUUAUUAAUGAUGGUAACUAUUGUGAAUUUAUAAUGAUGGUAACUUUAACUUAUUUAUAAUUCACGUCGUACUUAAU